AUGGUUCCUCAAGGUAAUGAAGUCGUGGGUCGCGAGCUUUCGCUUUACCUGAUUGACUAUCUCCUGCGAAACUACCAAACUCUAGAUGGAGUUCACAACUUUGUAAACGGCGUUCGAUUGCACAUUGCGCCAAGCAUCAAUCCCGAUGGAUAUGAGGAUGCUGUUGAAGGAGAUUGUGACGGGACGAAAGGCCGCGAAAACGCAAACCAAGUCGACUUGAAUCGAAGCUUCCCCGACCAGUUUGGUCGUCAAGAUUAUGACCACGCCGAGCCAGAGACGACCAGUGUCAUCCGGUGGACUCAAAGUGAGCCAUUCGUGCUGUCAGUAGCACUGCAUGGUGGUGCUCUCGUGGUCAACUAUCCAUUUGACUCAAAUGCAAUCUCUGCAAAUCAGUACUCAAUUUCACCAGAUGAUGAGAUUUUUAGAUACCUGGCCAAAGUGUACUCAACUAACCAUGGGCAAAUGAAAACAGGCAAGUGCGGUGAUCGAUGCACAUCUGGUGAAGAUGAAUUUGCAUUUAAAGACGACGGAAUCACCAAUGGAGCAGCUUGGUACCCGAUAAAUGGCGGCAUGCAAGACUGGAACUACCUUCAAGCUGAUUGCUUAGAGCUUACUAUUGAAACUGGCUGCCAUAAGUACCCGUCAUCUGCUCAGUUAGCAGGUUACCUCUUUGAAAAUUUAAAUCCCUUAGUGAAACUGAUACAAUCAGUUCACAUAGGCGUUCGGGGCUUUGUUUUCAGCCCAAAAGGAAAACCAAUUGAGAAUGCAGUGAUUGUCGUGGAAGGUAUUGCUAAGAAUGUGACCACCCACAAAAUGGGCGACUACUGGCGACUGUUGACACCGAAUAUGCAGUACACCAUUUCAGUGCACAAAGCUGGAUACCUGUCACAAAGCAUCAAAGUCUUCAUUGAGCAGCUAUACACACUCAACUUUACAUUAUACUCAUCCUCAUGA